UUUAAAAUGUAGCUUUUAACAAUAAUUGGAAGUUCUGUUGAAACAAUGUAGUCCAUACAUACACUACCUGGAUGGCCAUUUCGGCGCCUCCUCUAAUUGGAAUAAUGGCUGGAUGUGAUAUAAGCAGCGCAACACCGUCUCUACAGUCUCUACAACAAUAUACACUGCUAUCAAUUUCUCUUUUCAUGAAUACUCUUUAUUUCCCCCAAUGAUUUGGAGAGUAGUACAUACAAUUACAUUACAUUAUUUGACAACGGCAAUGACAAAAUACAUGUAAGUACAACAGAUUGAGCUGGGUAAGCAGUAAUGAAGUGAUGCGUGAAACUAUAUUUACAUGAUGUGUGACAUAGCUUCACAAAUACAAUAUGGAUGUUAAGUUCCAUGAGCUGACAUGUUUAGCCACGAUACUCAUGAAUGUUGCCUAGCUGUCAAGUGUCAUGUCUUGGACCACAACUGUAAUAGCACCCAGGUAUGUCAGAAUCUUGACGGCAUCACUAGACGUGUCCUCAAGUCUGAGAUAUGUUUCAAGGCUAACAUUGUCAAAUAGAGACUCACUAAGCACAUUUCUUUGUUUCAUUAGGCCAUCACAGUAAAGCAAUUGGUGCUUAACAAUGUCAUCACAUUCACAGUUACAGAUAAGACACAGUCCAGACGUUACAGGUAGUAUGCCGAGCUUUACAAGAGCAUAUACAGGGGGGGAAGCAAUAUCAUACCAUACACACAGAGACCAGAGACGAUGUGGGGCAAGGCGGGUGUGGAUAGCACUAAACCUAUGCAUGUCUGGACGUUGUUGCAAAGUAUUUCUCCAAUUCAUAUUUUCAGACUCACUAAUAGCUCGUUGUACCAUGCUCUUCCAUACACUCUUAGAUGGAAAUUCCCCAGAGUUGAUUAGUUUAUCUAAGACGCCUGAGAAUCCAUACAUUUUAGCCACAUUCAGUAGAUCAUGUGUUAUGGAUCUGGCACUGUGUGAGAUCGCGGUGACAUACUGGGAUAGUCUGAGAUAGAAAAUCGGCUUCAUAAUGGUUGUGCCUGCUGCUCUACAGAGUCGUCCCAGAAAGAAAAGCUUCAUUUUCUCCACCUUGCCCAGCAUUGACAUAUCUUGCAUAGAUGGCGACGUCACGAGCUGAGAAAGUGACGGAAUUCCUCACCUGUGUGAUCUGCCAGGAACUGUACACAGACCCCUGUACACUGAGGUGUGAUCACACAUUCUGCAGGAAAUGUGUCACAGGAUACAUCCAAACCAGACCAGAUGCUGUACAGUCCAAGACGAUCCCCUGUCCCUGCUGUCGACAAGAUACCAAGGUCCCCCACCCCAGCCGGCCAGUGGAGGAGUGGGCGGGGCAGAUCAAACCGAGCAUCAUUAUACAGGGGCUGAUUGACACACAAGCUCGACCUUCUACUGAAGACACAGGUGCUAAAUGUUGCACAUUAUGUGGCCAGCUAGGGGAGAGAACUCCAGCGAUCUCCUGGUGUCCAGACUGUGGAGUUACUCUCUGUGAAAGGUGUGUCAAAAUGCAUCGGGUUAGUCCCUCAUCUCGUGACCACGAACUGUGUGACCUGUCUGGGGAUAUCAAGGUGAUGAAGAGACGAAAGGUCAUGUGUCAAGAACACAAGGAUGAGCAAGUCAAAUAUAUCUGUAAAGACUGCAACAGGUCACUGUGUCAGUCCUGCUGUGUGGUCUACCACAGGAAAUGUGAGUCUGUCGUCACAAUCAAUUCACAAGUGGCAAGAAUGAAAUCGGAGUUAGCUUUGCGAAGUGACAUCUUACGGACAAAAUGUGACGGCAAACGCAAUAAAAUAGAGAGACAUCAAUUCCAAAUAGAUAAAAUGAAAGACGACAAAGUGGCAGUAAAAGAGCAGGUUAAUCUGAUAGCUCAUAAGGCCAAAGAGUACAUCCGACAGAAGGAAAAGAAGCUGUUAGAUGAAUUAGAUGAAAUAACAGAAAAACACAUCAUUCAGACUCAUGCUGAUGUAAAGCUUGACGAGAUUGAGAUGCAAAUGUACAGACAACAUUGUGAGUUCAUUGACCAGGCCUUGGUAUCGGACUGUGAGAUGGACCUGUAUGACUCCUAUCAGGCCUGGGAGUCGGGAGCUGUAGAGUUGGUGGAUGUCAGGGACACAGACACAGCAGACACACGGCGAAUAGAUGACAUCAGGUUUACACCUGACACUGACAACGUCCAGCACAUCCUAGAUGACCUACAGCUGGGAGAAAUUGACUUCACAUAUGGAGAUGGACUGAAGUGUUCACCAGUGUUGUUCCACACACUUGAUGCGACCUCAGUGAAUGACAAGGGGAUACCUAAAAUGCUUUGUGUCACAGCACUUUAUGUAGAUGGGAUGCAGACAGUUGUUGUUACAGACUACACCAACACGUGUGUGAAAUCUUUAUUCACGAGAAACAAACAAGCAUGUCAAAGUAGACUUCUCCUGGAUGACUCUCCACGUGGUCUAACACAGUUGAAGGAGAAGCAGGUGAUGGUUGCUGUCCCUGGAUCCCGCCAUAUUGUAACAGUAGAAGUGACCCCUUACCUGGUGCUGCUCUCGACCAUAAGAACAAGAAAGAAGUACUCCAGUCUCUCUGUUCUGAGUCCUUCAUCCCUGGCAGCAGGUAGUAUAACCUGUGUUGAUAUCAUGGACAUGGCGGGACACGUGCUGAGGUCAGUCACUACACACAACAAUAAGACACUGUUUACCUUCCCCUGGUACAUGUGUGUCAACUCCAAGGGCAACAUACUCGUGUCUGACUGGGGGAAGAAGUCCGUGACAUGUGUGACGUCAGAUGGGGAUGUCGUGUGGAGAUACGCCCCUACCGGAGAUAGGGCACUCAGAAAGCCUACUGGUAUCCUAACAACCAGCACAGGAGAUAUCAUAUUUAUAGACCAGUUCACCGGGACUGUUAUACAGCUAACCGAGACAGGGGAAUAUGUCAGCGAUGUCCUCACAUCACAGGAUGGCAUCAACCAGGCAUUGAGUCUCUGCAUUGACAAACAUGAUUCAGUUCUUGUAACUGGUGGCGGGGAAAUCAAGACAUUUAUUUUCACAUAGAAUGUGAAUGUAUAUUGAUGAAGGGCAUUGUCGGAUUGAGUUAUCACAUCUCGGGAUGAUGUGUAAGGAUGAAAGGGAGGGGAUGACGGGAAGGACAACAUGUAUUAAGAUGCACAUUGUUAUGUCUCAGCUGCAUAUGGGCGGCCUGUGUGACCCCAUAUGGAACUUGAACGACAUACAAAUGAGCGUAGACACGGUUGACCCAGUGGUAGGAGGCAUUCCUGUGUACUUUGAAGAGUUGCGUUCCUUCUCCGAGCCAGGAAACAGCUUCUCCUGGGCAUAAGGCCAAAAUCACUUGUAACAAUAAAAUGUUUUGCAAUUAUCAAUUCAUUUUCGAAGCUUAAAUCAAUACUGUGAGAGGAUUUCUGUUAUGCGAAGGUCAUGUUUACAUGUAAGAGUUGAGAUCAUAUUUUAAAUAUAUGAUGAGUAUUAAAUGUUUACAUUUCUA